AUGAGCGAGCCCGCCAAGAAGAAGCAAAAGACAUCUCACACCGCCAUCAUCGCUGAGCCCCUGGCGGACAAGAAGCUCACCAAGAAGAUCCUUAAGCUCAACAAGAAGGCCUCCAAGGAAAAGGGGCUGAGGCGAGGAGUGAAGGAGGUCAUCAAGGCCGUCAAGAAGAAGGAAUCGGGUGUGGCCAUCAUCGCGGGAGAUAUCUCGCCCAUUGAUGUGAUCACCCACGUGCCCGUGCUGUGCGAGGAGGCCAACAUCCCUUACGUCUUCGUGCCCAGCAAGGAGGACCUCGGCGCUUCGAGCGGCUGCAAGAGGCCCACCAGCUGCGUGUUGAUUAGCUUGAAGUCCGGUUCUUCCCUGGAGGGCGACCUCAAGAAGGUGGUGAGUGCCAUCAAGGACCUCCCCAAGCCCCACAACCCAUAA